GAGCUUAGUCCUACUCGCAGCUCAUGGAGAGGCACCUGCUGCAGAAGUUUCUUCAUCUUUUGUGAUCCUAUCUGUGUGCAGUUUAAUGGUAUUAAUCGUGUUAAUUGCAAACUGUGUAUCCUGCUGUAAGGACCCAGAAAUAGACUUUAAGGAAUUUGAAGAUAAUUUUGAUGACGAGAUAGAUUUCACACCACCAGCAGAAGAUACUCCCUCUGUUCAGUCCCCAGCAGAGGUCUUCACACUUUCAGUACCAAAUAUUUCAUUACCAGCUCCAUCACAAUUCCAGCCUUCUGUAGAAGGUUUGAAGUCUCAAGUUGCACGCCACAGUCUAAACUAUAUACAGGAAAUUGGAAAUGGCUGGUUUGGAAAGGUCCUCCUUGGAGAGACUUACACAGGUACUAGUGUGGCAAGAGUCAUUGUGAAGGAGUUGAAAGCAAGUGCAAGCCCAAAGGAAGAAGAUACUUUUUUGAAAAAUGGAGAACCUUAUUAUAUUCUUCAACAUCCAAAUGUUCUUCAGUGUGUUGGACAAUGUGUAGAAGCAAUUCCCUAUCUUCUGGUGUUUGAGUUCUGUGACUUGGGCGAUCUAAAAGCUUAUCUGCGCAACGAGCAGGAGCACCUGCGGGGGGAUUCACAGACCAUGCUGCUGCAGAGGAUGGCGUGUGAGAUCUCCGCGGGGCUCGCGGCCAUGCACAAGCUGCACUUCCUGCACAGUGAUUUAGCCCUACGGAAUUGUUUCCUGACCUCUGACUUAAAUGUGAAAGUGGGAGAUUAUGGAAUAGGAUUCAGCAGGUACAAGGAGGAUUAUAUUGAAACAGAUGAUAAAAAAAUGUUCCCUCUACGGUGGACUGCUCCAGAAUUAAUAACCAGCUUUCAAGACAGACUACUAACUGCAGAUCAAACUAAGUAUAGUAAUAUCUGGUCCCUGGGUGUGACACUUUGGGAGCUUUUUGAUAAUGCUGCUCAGCCAUAUUCAAACCUUUCCAACUUAGAUGUUCUCAAUCAAGUCAUCAGAGAGAGAGACACAAAACUCCCUAAACCCCAACUGGAGCAGCCUUAUUCUGAUAGAUGGUAUGAAGUCUUACAGUUCUGCUGGUUGCCACCAGACCAGAGGCCAGCAGCUGAGGAUGUCCAUAGACUGCUGACUUACCUACGGAUGCAAAGCCAGCGGGACUCGGAAGUUGACUUUGAACAACAGUGGAAUGCCCUGAAACCAAAUACGAACAGCAGAGACACUUCAAAUAAUGCUGCAUUCCCAAUUCUUGACCAUUUUACCCGAGAUCGGCUUGGUCGUGAAAUGGAGGAGGUCCUCACUGUAACAGAAACCAGCCAGGGGCUGAGCUUUGAGUAUGUCUGGGAGGCUGCGAAGCAUGAUCAUUUUGAUGAGCGCAGUCGGGGCCACCCAGAUGAAGCCUUGUCCUACACGAGCAUCUUCUUUCCAGUUGAAGUUUUUGAGAGUUCACUUUCAGAUCCUGGUCCUGGAAAGCAAGAUGACAGUGGCCAGGAUGUCCCCCUCCGGGCGCCUGGAGUUGUUCCUGUUUUUGAUGCCCACAACCUUUCUGUUGGAAGCGACUAUUAUAUCCAACUAGAAGAAAAAAGUGGCAGCAACUUGGAGCUCGAUUACCCGCCUGCACUGCUCACAACUGAGAUGGAUAAUCCAGAAAAGCUAAGUGCCGAGCCGUCGCAGUUUCCAGCACUCAGGAACCUUGAAUUGGAGGAAUCAAGCACAGAUGAGGAUUUCUUCCAAACCAGUACAGACCCCAAAGAGUCUAUCUUACCUGAGGACUUACACGUCACCAGUGGCCCUGAGAGCCCUUUCAACAGUAUAUUUAAUGAUCUUGACAAAUCAGAGGAUUUGCCCAGUCACCAAAAAAUAUUUGACUUAAUGGAACUAAACAGAGUUCAGGCUGACUUCAAGCCAACCACUUCAAGUUCGGAUGACCCCGAAGAGUUGGGAAUAACUUGCCACUUUGAGAAGGAAAAACCCCAUAAGCUUUUUGACUGUGAGCCUCUUUCCUUAUCAGAAAAUUUUACACAUGAAGAUAAUUUUGAUCCACUGAGUGUUCAAGAAUUGUCGGAAAACUUUUUAUUCCUUCAAGAAAAAAACUUACUAAAGGGCUCAUUGUCCAGCAAAGAACAUAUAAAUGAUCUUCAGACAGAACUUAAGAAUGCUGGUUUUACUGAAACCAUGUUAGAAACUUCACGUAGAAACUCUUUAGAUACUGAACUUAAGUUUGCUGAAAAUAAACCAGAUCUUUCUUUGUUACCAGAAAACAUAAGUGCAAAAGGAAAAGAUACGGACAUCAAGCUCAAGGGCAAUACUUUGAGCCCCUCACUGCAGUCUUCUCCAGAAGUGCAGGUAACUCCUACCUCACUCACAGCAGAAGAAAUGCCUCAGAGUUUACUUCCAGAUUUGCUCCCAAAGCAGGAAGAAACCAAACCCACGUGUUUAGACGUCGGUGUCUCUGAGGACCAUCCUUGCCAGGACCUAACUCUGGACACCCUGGAUGUCCCAUCUGGAACUCUCUCAACUGAUGCCAGAACAAGUGGUGUUGGUGACGGGUCCCAGGAUUUGACUCACCACAGUGAGGAGACCCUGCAGCUAACCAAAAGUGACUCAGUUCUUGAUGAUGUUCUUUCUGGUAGGGUCAAUGUUGAGAGCAGUCUUCCAGAAUUGAGGCAGAAUGUACAAAAUAAACAGUUUUCAGAUAACCGUCACAGUAAUAGUUUGCUAGAGAAGAGCUCAGCAGCUUCUGUGGAGACUUUAAAUCAGCUCAAUUAUAAAGAUUCCACAAAAGAAGCAGCCUUGGUGUCUGCCCUGUCAUCAGACUCAACCAGUCAAGACAGCCUCUUGGAAGACAGCUUGUCAACACCCAUUCCAAUCUCAGAACAAUCCGUGGAAACCCCAGACUCUCUGGAUUCAGUGGAUGUCCAUGAAGCCUUACUGGAUUCUUUAGGCUCUCACACGCCUCAGAAACUCUUGCCCCCUGAUAAGCCAGCAGACAGUGGUUAUGAAACGGAGAACCUGGAGUCGCCUGAGUGGACUUUGCAUCCUGCCCCAGAGGGUGUGCCAGACUCCGACCCAGCUGCAGCUGGCGAUAGCAGUCACAGCAGUCUGCCUCCCAACCCGGUCAUCGUCAUCUCAGAUGCAGGCGAUGGUCAGAGAGGUGCAGAAGCGCCCUCACAGACGUUUGCACCUGGCCCCCAGAGUUCCUAUCGAGACUCUGCAUACUUCUCAGAUAAUGACUCUGAGCCUGAUAAAAAGUCUGAGGAGGUCCCAGGACCCUCUUCCUCGGCCUUAGUAUCAGUUCAGGGUGAGUCCCUGCCUGAGCCAGUCAUCCCAGAGCAAAGCUCUGAUACCAAGGAUAGUUGUCUAGAAACCAAAAAGAGCCAGCCAGAUCAAAGUUGUCUAUCUGCUUUGCACAAUUCCAGUAACCAGGAAUUAAGAGAAACAUUGGAGCCAACACCAGCUGAUAUUCCCAAACACUUGCAUCCUUUGGAAGAUGAGGCUGGCAGUCCUUUGAGUUUGUUGAACUCGGAACUUAGCAGUGGUGAUGAUUUUGAGACACAGGAAGAACACUCCUGCACCCUCGCUUCCACUGGAACCAACACUAAUGAACUCCUUGCAUAUGCAAAUUCUACAGUGGGUCAGUCCUUAUCCAGCCAUUCUGAGGGCCCAAAGUUGAAGGAGCCAGAUAUCGAAGGGAAAUACCUGGGGAAACUUGGUGUUUCAGGGAUGCUUGACCUCUCCGAGGAUGGGAUCGAUGCAGACGAGGAAGACGAAAACAGUGAUGACUCUGAUGAGGAUCUGAGGGCCUUCAACCUGCACAGUCUCAGCUCUGAAUCGGAAGAUGAGACUGAGCACCCUGUGCCCGUGAUUCUCAGCAACGAGGAUGGGAGACACUUGCGGAGUUUAUUAAAACCAUCAGCCUCUGUGGCCAUUGACCAGCUACCUGAUGACUGGAAGAAAGAAAAGAAGGCAGUCACGUUUUUUGAUGAUGUCACAGUCUACUUGUUUGACCAGGAGACCCCUACCAAAGAGCUGGGGCAUUGUGGAGAAGCACGUGGUCCUGAGCUGAGCGGCCCAGCACCAGCCACGGGGUCUCCAUACCUGGGCCGGUGUCUACACUCAGAGAGCUCCACGGACGAAGAAGGUGGAGGCUUUGAAUGGGAUGAUGACUUCUCCCCAGAUCCUUUUAUGGCAAAGACAACAAGCAACCUUCUUGGAUCCAAGCCUUCUCUUCAGACAUCCAAGUAUUUCUCUCCACCACCGCCACCCCGGAGUGCAGAGCAGAGCUGGCCACACACGGCACCAUACUCCCGCUUCUCCAUCUCUCCUGCCAACAUUGCCAGUUUCUCCCUCACACACCUCACCGACUCGGACAUCGAGCAGGGAGGAAGCAGUGAAGAUGGAGAGAAAGAUUAGGUGGCUGCUGACACACUCCCUCAGGUCUGGGCUGCUCCCCAGAGCGGCGUUCCUGCACUUUCAGCCCAAGCAGCAACAUCCACUCAGUAUUUGCUGGCCUGAGAUUGGGAGAAAGAAUCAGGAGAUGACGAGGGAGACGGU